AUGUAUUAUUUAAUGUUGUCUACCGCAACAAAACGGCCUCGACGAGAUAAUAUUCAGUCAGUAUUCCAGAGGUCGCGGGUAUCGAGACUGGCGGACGAGAGGCGACCCCACUCUCAUCAAUUCAUUGUGGAGGAGCAGACAGCCACUGGGCAUCCGGAAACAACUCGGAAACGCGGAGGUAUACAUCGUGCUAGCAUUACUCAUCGGCGUGGUCACUGUUGUGGUGGGGUGCUGGCUAUCGGACAACUGCUGGUCACCGGAGCCCGAAGACAUCCUGGCGGGCGGGUGACCCGUGGCGGCGGGCGCGUGCACGCACGUGUAGCGCCCGCCCUCCGCAGCCGAGCGGGAGAGCCCGUCAGGCGCUGGCUCGCUCUCCCCAGUGCUGCCGCCGCCGGCCCCGCCACCCGCGCGCGCCCCGGCCUUCCUCCACGCGGCGCGGCAUCUCUGCAGCGGCGCCUGUCUUCACCUUCCGUGUGA